GCCAGAUUUACGACUAUUACCAUUCCACAUGCUAAGCUUUGUAUACGCAUGUGUGAUUUACGCAAGCGGAUUUGAACGAUUUUGUCCAGACUUGCGACUCAAACUUCCAGGGUUGCGCACGUCUCAUAUCCGCUAAAAAAUAAGGGUUCAUGCGGUAUGACUUGUCUGCGCCGUUGGUAAUACAUAUAGAAUGAAGAGAACUAUUUGUGAACUGUAACUGAUUAUAUGAUAUGUCAAGAACAACAGCUGCGUUAUCUUUCCUAAUCCGGAUAGUACUAUUGCAAUAAAGAUUCAUGAAAAGUCUCCAGUUUAUGUCGACAUUGAUUUUCAUCGACAUCGAUCUCCCCAAGUUUGAUCGAAUGGAAUGCGAUUGAGAAAUGUCAUAUGUCUGCUGUGUUUACGACAGAUAAUGUAGGAUAUGUGUAAUGUGGUGAAUCGAUAGAAAGUGUGUAAUGUCAUAAUUAAGAUACAUGUUCUAUUUUCUGUUCGCAGUCAGUAUUAAUCUAGAUUCCAAUACCUGUGAGAUGGAUACUUCACACUGAACUUAAGUUUUGUGUAAGUACAUCACCAUGUCAAACAUAAUACCACCAAUGGUGUCAUCAUCACCUCCGCCCUUGGAUGACAAUCCUGAUGAAGAUGAUGAUGAUGACGACGACGACUUUGGUGAUUUUUCGAUGGGAGAUUUGUCAUUUAACGCCACAGGUGUUACUGGAAAUCAACAGACUGAUGGUAAUGUAACAUGCAGAGGAAAUGUUACUGCACAAACCAGAAUUCCUACAAUCAUGCAAGAAACAGAAGCCCCUGAUAUGAAACAAAUUGAUAAACAAAUGGAAUCUUAUACUAGCAUAACUCAAAGCUGCAAUGGUCAUCAGGAUAUAUCUAUUGUUAAUUCUGUUUCACAACAUGAAACAGACCUUAAAGAAGCAUACAGUAAAAGUCAGCAAGAACUAAAUGAUAGAAAUGGUGCAGAUCUUGUAAAUUCAUUAGGAGAUACAUCACACUGUACUCCUGAUGACAUUGCUAAUUCAAAGUCUUCCAUUCCCGGACUGUCAGCUCUGAACAUUGAAGGGAGCACAUUGCUUUCAGAAAUAACGGAUUCAGAUACAAACAGCAGUGUAGUCACAGAAUUCCCUGUUGCAAGUACUGUGACUGAAGAACCUGUAAGUGAAAGUAUUAAGUACAAUGAUGAUUUUGUGACAUCAGCAGGUGGACCAACUCCUGAAGAGUGUGAAUCACAAGAUAGUUUAUUUACUUCCUCUGACUUUUCAGUAGUGGUUGAGGGUGACACACUCAUCAAACCAUUGCCUCUGAAAUUGGACCUUAGUGAGUCUGUGAAAGACACUACAAACUUUAGUUGUGAAAGUGAAAAUUUUUCUGGACUAGUGGUGUCUGAAAUUGAGAAGUUGGAAGGUAUUUCCUACCAUGACAGCAGUUCUGAUGAGUUUGGUGUUUUCCAUAAUGUAACUGAAUUGCCAGAGGAAGAACUGGAGGACCUAAAAUUUGAUAAAGUGGCUUAUAUUGAAUCUGGAAACAGUAGUGACAGUGAAAGACCAAAUAGAGGUAAUGGGGCAUCAACAGAGAGACCAUCAGUGCGUGAAGAAUCUUCUUUCUUCCCGGAACCACAAAGUGGAGAAAGUGGAAGGACAGACUGGGUUGAUGCUUCAGCUACCCAAUUACAUGAUGUGAUCCCAGAUUCCAUGCUGGCUGAUGAUGAUUUUGGAGAUUUUGAAGCAGUAGAGUUCUCAUCCAGUGUUAAACCCAAAGAAGAUAGUACACAGGUGGUACUGUCGUUGGAAAGCAAGAUCCUAGCAUUGUUUCGCAGCUGCAAAGACACUCCCACUGAGGAGCAUACUGAACAGACAUGGCUUCCUCUAACAAAUUACUUAGAAGCCUCCCAAAGUAUCUGGGCUCAUCUGAAAAAUAUAGAAACUACGCAUGCGUUGUCUUACCAAUGGGCAGGGUCAACUUCAAAUAAAUUACUGCUGUCUGCUCUUGGUAUAGAUUCACGAAACCUCCUCUUUGGCCCACGCUGGAAUGCUUCUGUACCAAGAUUUGCUGCUAAUUUGGGAUUCAGCCCACUGGAGCCAGUGCGUGCUUCCAGUAUCAGCUCACCUGUAUCACCAUCUGCGAAGCCAGAUCCACAGACAUCUGCAGUGGAGACUGUUAAUUCUUUGUCUGAGGAUGCUGUUCCUGCAGCUCAGUUUGACUGGACAAGUAGUGGACUGGUUAAUCCCCUUGACGGUUUAGCAGCUGAGCCAAAUAGUGUGACUGAAAAUUGUCAUCGCUCAACACAAGAAGAAAUGACAAGUGCACCAAGGCAGUUAAUGCAAGACCUGUUGGCUUCUGCGCCACUUGAACCUGUGCCCUCUUCUCAUAAUAGACAUGAGGGUCUUUCACAAGAUGCAGUUGCUGUGCUGAAUGCUUUCCCUGAUCUUUCUUUUAUGCAAUCAAAAUUGCUUAUGUUUCCAUUGCGUAAUUCUCCACCUGGAGACUGAGUGGCUUGUUGUUAAUACUUCAAAAGGCUUGUUUAUUAAGUUUGAAGUGUUCAGUAUUUGUUUUAAUAUGUAAGGAAGUUUGUGUUUUAUUAGGAAUACUGAAAGCAAGGAGAACAGAAUAGUUUUUUUUUUCCAUCAGUGUCUUGCCACAAUGAAAAUUUGGUGAUGGUGCCAUGUGCCUUUAUGUUGAUACACUAAUAUUCUUACCUUUUCACCUGAACAGAAAGUACACUUAGAGACUGCAACAUAUUAAUAGUAUUCUGUCAGCUACCAAUCUUAAAAUUCGUGCACUGACAAACAGAGAAUACUUUCAAAUUGAAAGGUAUAAUUAUAUACAGAGAAAAAUACUAUCAAAUUCUGACUGUGUGACCUUUAUAAAUUAAAAAUAAUUUUCUUUAUGUGUAAGUAAUCUGACAUAUCAAAACUGUAACACAGUGUAAAGGCUUUUCUAAUAGAAAGUACUUUGUUUAUGGCAGCUAAGAAUUGGUACUGCAAGAAAUAUAACUUCACAGGCAAGUUAUACAGUAUUAUUGGAAAAGAUUUAACAGUAUUUAUAGCAUCUCACUUGAUAGCAAGGGUGUCAUUAGCUUAAUUUUACAUGUUUUAUGGAGAACUAAAUUUGAUUGGAAUAUAACAGAAGUAAAUUCAGUAAGGAAUUUCGAAAUGUUCGUCACUGGUGAAUAUUUUCCAUUGUACAUGUAUUUUAAUUAUUAAAAAAAUGUACUUAAGCUAGUAUUGUAUUCAGAAAAUUAUGGAACAAAGCGAAAGUUGCCAUUUGA